AUGGAUUCGAAGGAAAAACUAAAAUUAACUUUCAUCUCGUUAUUCACCUUUAUUAUUCAAUUCUAUCUGUCAAAGUCAAAAUUUUCAGAAGCUUUGUCAAAAAGAAUUGAAAUAUCAACUCCUGUGUCCAGCUUUCUGCGGGUACAAGAAGGGCUUUUUCUGUAUCGCCGUGGGCUUGAUCCAUACUCUGGAGGCGUUUAUUAUCAGUCCCCCUUAAUUCUGUUUCUUCAUUUUAGCUGUGAAUUGCUAGGAGGAGUAGAUGCAAUACGCAUUCUUUAUUCCUUCUUGACAGUAGCUAGCGGCUGGUUAGUUUACAAGAUUUCUGAAAAGUAUCAAGAAAAUAAAAAACAUAGAGAUCUUUAUUGCGGAACUUCUUCUUUGUGGAUUUCUAUCAUUUACUUAUUGAAUCCACUUACGUUUCUUCCGAAUAUUGCUUGCUCAAGCGAUGUAAUUUUAAAUUUCUUAACACUUGCUUUUAUAUAUUUUUCAAUUCAAGGCUUCCAAGUGGGAUACGCUUGCACAGUUGCCUUAAGUUUAUUUGUCAAUCCAGGCACAAUUUCUCUUGUGUUACCCAGUUAUUAUAUUUUGAAACAAAGCAAUCCAAAGGCAUCAAUAACUGGAACUUUUUUUGUUUUCUUAUUUUACAUGUCUUGUUUAAUUAUCGGUUCUGCAAUUCUUUUACAGACAUUUACUUUCCUGAUGACUCCGCUUCAUGUAUAUAUGAAUGCCCAUGACCUCACUCCUAAUAUUGGGCUCUGGUGGUAUUUUUUUACUGAAAUCUUUGAAGAAUUUCGCUUGUUUUUUCUGUUUGUAUUCGCUGUUGCUCCUGUCAUGUUCAUCAUACCAAUCACCAUACGUUUACAAAAGCUACCAUUGAUUGCGACUGUCUUGAUGAUGGGGAUCCACAGUAUAUUCAAAAUUUAUCCAUCUAUCGCCGAUUAUUCCUUAUUUUUGUCUCUUCUCCCCAUCUUUGGAAAAGCCCAGGAAAAUAUGAAGUAUAGUCUUUUGGCCAAUAACGGAAUAGUCUUUGCUCUUGUGUUAGGAACAACCUUUUACCAUUCUUGGAUUACCCUUGGUUGUGGAAACGCAAAUUUUUUUUAUGCCAGCAAUUUGAUACUAGCAAUAGGAAUCUCAUUAAAGGCGAUGGAUUUUUUAAGGGCAGUGCUUAUGAUUGAAUGGAGAAGUAAGCAUCCAGAAAAAAAGAAUGAGCCUUUGGUACAAAUUCCUUAG